GUGAGGUUUGAAAAGUUGUAAAGAACUGGCUAUCCCUUACUCUUUCUUCAACCGACGAGAAACUAUUGAGAGAGAAAGGAUACUGGGCAGAAAGUUAACAGCCUAAGCGUCUUGUGUGCCAUUUGUCAUCUCCGACACAGCACAUUCUUGUGAUAUUUACAGUCACAGGAUAUUUCAACUUACAGCAGUGGUCAGUAGGCAGACAUCCAUUUGUGCUGAACUUCAGGAAACAUAGCCUAGGCUAGCCUACUCCUCUAAAAUGGCAUGCGGAGGAACUGCUAACGAUGAGCAGAUUACAGAGGCUAUCAUGAUGAGGGUUGUGAAGGAUGAGCUGAAGGAAGUGCCCGCAGAGAUAGUGCCCCCUCUUCCUGAGCCGAAGCCUCUGCAUGCCAAAGAUGAGAUACUGACAGCCCAGCUGGCUCAAACCAUCAAAAUCAUUGGGGAUGAUCUUGUGAAGCACAAAGCCCUGAAUGACACGAUAGAUGGGUUUGCCAGAAAAAUCCUUGGAAGUCCGAAAGACACAGGAAUCUACAAGAAGCUGGUGAUGCAGGUGUUUGCUGAUGGAAACAUUAACUGGGGAAGGAUUGUCGUUUUAUUCUACGCCAUAGCAAAGUUGGCUGGAAAGAUGUUGUGGGCUCGUUUGCCUGAACGGGUCACAGAAAUGAUCUCCUGGACUCUGGAUUACUUCAAGCAGCACUUACUAAGCUGGGUCCUCAAGAUGGGAGGAUGGAUAUGUAGCAUUGCUUCAAUUGCAUGCUUCCGGAUUGAGAGUCUACCAGCACUGUACCCACCAGAGCAGUCAGCUUUACCUGUUCUUGGCAUUACCUGUUUUGUUGGUGGAAUUGCUUUGGGUAGCUGCGUUGUACUCUGGCUAACAGGCAAAGGAAAACACUGAGAGAGAAGAAAGGGGAUGAGAGGCUGAGACAAACUUGCAAUGAACAAGAUUCUUUGAAGAUUCUGAAAUGGAUGACUUUUUUUAGUACGCUUUCCAAGUAGGAGAGUAUUUUUGUCGUAGCAUAGUCAUAGCAUAGGACACUAUAUUUUGAAUCGAUACAGAGUUUCCACAUUUCUAUGUGAAUUUCAUCCAUAUCUUUUAGAGAGGAAUUUCAAGGGCUAAAAUGAAACAUUGUACCAGCAAUCCUAGAAUAGUUAGCAGCUGUUUCCUAGAAUAGUUACAGGGUUCAAAUCACUUAAGUGCCAUACAUAAAUGAUAAAUGAAGAAUAGUGACAGAUUUUAUCAGGUAACUUGGAAUCUACCUCUUUGCUCCAAGCUAGUAAUUUUUUUAUUUUGCAUUCAUGUCUUGUUUCUUUUUUCUUUUUCUAUUAAUUGCAAACAGUUUACAUUAUAAAGGACUGUUCUAGAUUUAAUGAAUGAACAGAGGAUCCUUUUUUUAUUCCUGUUUUGUGCAAUAUUUAAGCAAUCAACUGAACAAUUUGAUUUCCAAAGUGAUAUGAUGUUGCAUAUUUGAAACUGUUUUAUAUGACAAGUAGAAUUCAUAUCCCAGUGCUUCCUGGUACAAAACUCAUUAUUAUUUACCUGAAGGACUAUUAUGAAUUUAAUGUGGGUUAAUUUAAAGAAAUAUUUUGAGAUAUUUAAAAUAUUUAAGUCAUCACUAAAUUGAAUGCCAAAGUGAAACAACAGACACAUAUAAUGUUGCAUACAGUAUGUUAUCUGUUUUUAUAUGACAAAUAGAAUACUUAUCCAAUG